CUGUCCAGAGUGCAGAGCUCAGAUAGUGGCUCUAAUCAUUCAGCUUUGAUCAAGGAACCAGCUCUGGCUCGUCUACGGUGUCAGAGUAUGAGAGGAAGCAGUUGUAGACAUAUAGCUGCGAGUUGUGUUAUUUAUUAUUUAUGUGUGUGACAUUAGGCAAAGUUGCUCAUAGCUGGUAAAAGUAUAAGAGUAAAUGGACCAUGAACUGCAGCCGGAGGAUGAUGAAUGUGUCUGCACUGCUCUGCUCGCUGGCAUAUUUUAUUCUGACAGUAGACUUAACUUUGGCUUUCCGGGCAUAUCCAGACAUGGAAUUUACAUUUCUGUUACCUGCCGGCCGCACUGAGUGCUUUUACCAAACCACCAUGAUGAACAACUCCAUUGAGAUUGAAUACCAGGUGAUAGCUGGAUCUGGUCUGGACGUUGGCUUUGUCCUCGUCUCACCCGGUGGACACCUGCUGGUCUCUGACUUCAGGAGCUCUGAUGGCAUCCAUAAGGUGUCUCCCACAGAUGAUGGAGACUACCGGCUGUGUUUCGACAACAGCUUCAGCACACGGUCAGAGAAGAUUGUGUUCUUUGGACUCUUCAUUAGGACUGAUAGUCAAAGCAGCGGUCAAGACACAUGGACAGACAUGGCCACAGUGACAGAGGGUAUGGUGGAGUACAAACUGGAGGACAUCAGGGUGAGUGUAGACUCUGUGUACCAGCACCUGGAGAGGAGUCGUCAGGUCCUGACUGUGCUGCGGGCCUUUGAGGCGAGGGACCGGUAUCUACUGGAGGACAAUCUGUGGCGAGUGUCUUUCUGGUCCUGCAUCAACCUGCUUGUCAUGCUCGCCGUCGCUGCCACACAAAUGUACACCCUGCGAAGCCUGUUUGACAACGUCAACCGGGUUCGCACCUAGUCCUUGCAGAGCAUUCAGUUUUUAUUGACUUUUUUGACUAAAAGGAUAGUCGACAUCGUUUGGAAAAUUAGGGAGACGCUUGAAUAACAACCAAAGAGUUUUUGCUUUAAUGUUUAGUACUGUAACACAUACACAACAAAUAUAGCACUCGUAUUCAUUCAAGCUGUAAAACCGAAGCUCUUCUUACUGUAUUUUUGUUUUUAUUGAAUUAAAAAUAUUACAUCAACAUUAUCAGGAUCUAUCUACGUAUCUAACAGAGCAGCUCUAUUACAAGCAUCACCAACCAACUGUUUUUUACACCAAGUUUUUAUUUACUUUAAGUAACUAAGCCUCAAAAAAAAGAAGUAAAAGUUAAGCAAUAUCCCUGAUCAGUUUCUCCACGUGGAGAUAAAUAGGCACAACACGUUCAAAUUAAGCAGAUGGCAGAUUGUGAUAAGAACAUAUAUAUGUGAAUAAAGAAGACAAGACCUACAGUACAUGCACCUACUGUACAUUCACAAAACAAUUUUGUCUCACACCGAUAUGGAAAUGAUUGGGUCUGCUCAGCUGACUGUUACAUCAUCACUCAUUUACAGUGAAAACACUUGUUUUUCCUUUGUUGUCACUAUAAAAAUGCUACAAUCACACAUUUUCACAUCACACAUAACAUUUAGAUGUUUGACUCCUGAUUUUGCAGCUUGGUUUUUUUUUGGUAUAAAAGCUACUAUUUUGGAUGAGAGUAACCACAGGGAAAAAUAAACUAGUUUUAAAGCUUCA